AUGGGUUGCGGUCAUUCCAAGCCCAAGGUCGUCGAGACCCCCUUCCGCCCCCCUGCCCCUCACUUCGGGGAGGUAGAGGAGCCCAAGAUCUGCCAGACACGGUACUACAACCCGGUCGUCCCCGACCCAUUGGCGAAGAUGUCUACUCACGCCAUGCCGGACCACCGUCCGGAAUCGGCUGAACUGCCAAGGUGCAAGCCAGUCAGGCCGCCCAUCCCACACAAAUGGCGCCCAGUGCGCUCGCGGUACUACGGGCUGGGCGAGCCAAACGAGCCUUUCAGGCACUACCUGCCCCUGGACAAGUAG